AUGAAAAUACAAGACGAGAAAAAUAAUAACCUCAAUUCUUCGAACCAAAAAGAUAGUAUUAAAAAUAUAAACAACAAUAAUAUAUCAGAUAAAAUGACAGAGAAUAAUUGUAAUAUACCUAAUAAUGGCGAUGCCAUUUCUAAAUUAAAUCAUCGGGCAUUAAAUAAAAAAGAUAAUAAUAAUGAACUCUCUAGUAUCAGUGAAUCAAAAGAACAAAAUUCACCACUUUUUACAAGAAAGAAUUUUUAUAGCGAUGAGAAAGAGUAUAAUGGAUUGGAGGGUUUAAUGGAGUCGCCAGAUUUUUCGUUCAACUUGAAUAAUAGUAGUAAUAGUAGUAAGAGUAGUAAUAGUAGUUUCAAUAGGAGUAGUCCAAAGGUCGGACUGAUAAAGGAUUUCGAAUCAUUGACAACCAAAGAUAAAUCACAAGGUUCUCCUAUUUCGAGACUGAGAAAAGGUAGUCUGCCGUUACCAUCACUCUACAGCGCAAAGGAUCUACAGAAAAAGAGUGAGGAGAUGGGUCUGACUAAGAAGGAACUUGCACUACAGAGAAGGAAUGCAAGACAUUUCUGGGGAACAAUGAUGAUUCCUGGCUUGGAUAUAUUAAAGUCGGAUCUAGUAAGAGUAAAGUUGGAAUCAGAUAGUAGACUUUUAUUGUUCAUUUCCGAUAUCAAGAGAUCACUAAAUGCAUCGAAUGAGGAGAAGGAUAAGAUUCUAUUGAGAGAACUGUUGGAAGUGGCAACAAACUUUUUAUCAACAGAUACAAACCAAAUCGAGUGUGGAAAAAUCAAAGAGUUUUUAUCGAUUGAAUCGGAAAAAGGAGAAAAAAAUAAUAUUAUUAAUAUAAGAUCUUUAAUGAAUAUUGGUACACCACCUCCAUCACCGCCUACACAUCAAGUAAAUCAACUUCAUGAAUCACCACCUGUAUCGACUACUACACCAGGUUCACCAAUCCCCACCAUCUCAGCUCCCUAUUCACCAAAUUCGAUUUCAUUCAACAAAGGACACUUUAGAACACUAUCAUAUAGUCCAAAGAUUAAAAGUCCAUUUGGAGCACCGCCAAUAUUAAAUGAUCUUAACGAUAAGGAUAUAAGCGAAACUCAGAAUAAUAAUAACUAUCAGAAUAAUAAUAAUUUUCUAUUGAAACCAAAUAACUAUCAAAAACAAAAAGAUCAAUUCAAAUCAUCUCCACUCUCAUCAAUACCAAAUGAUCAAUUUCAACCACCUUUAAUUUCAAGAAGAAUAACAAAUAUAUUAAAGAAAAAUGAUCGAGGUACCAUUAAUAAAUCGCCAAGAUCAUUACCAAUAGAGGAUAUCAUUCCAAGUGCUAAUCAAGACAAACUAUUGCCAAGAGUAAUAAGCGAUUCCAAUUUUUUAGAAGACGAUCAAGAAUUAACUUCAUCAGAAGAGGAAACCGAAAAUGUAUCUAGUGAUGAGAACAGACAAUCUUUAAUUCCUUCUCUCAAACCAUCACCUCCAAAGGAUAAAAGAUUAGACUAUUUAAUAACAAAUGAAUUAUCAAAAAGACAACCUCUUGUUAGAUCGAAAAGUUUUAGUCCAAACAAAGCCAUUGAAGUAAAGAAGGAUAAAGUUAAAAAGCUUGCUAGAUCAUUUUCAGAGAUACCUACAAUUAAAAUUGAUUAUUCACCAAAUCAGCAAAUGGUAAUCUGUAGAAUUUGUGAAGAGAAGAUUGAAUCAUCAUUAUUAGAAGAACACUCAAAGAUUUGUGCUAUGACAAAUCAAGAAGAUAUGAAAGCUAUGAACAUUGAUGAUCAAUUAAGAGCAAUUGCUAAAAUUCUUUUAACUAGAAGUACUAAUUUACCUCAAGAUAAAAGAAAACAAUUAUCAGAGAUUAGAGAGAUCGCUCAGAGAGCAGUUGAAAUGUUGAUAAAAGAUAGUACCAAACUGAUUACAGAUUUGAAAGAUAAAAUCAAAAAGUUUGAUCUAUCAGAAGAGAAUAAAACACUGGCAAUUAAGAUUGAAAGUUUAAUUACAGAAAAGACCAAUUCUUUGAAGAAGGCAGAGGAAGUAAUAAAUUCAUCACCAAGAAUAUUUAGAACGACAUCACCCAGAUUGAUGAAAUCAAAGGAACUUGACAUUUGGGAUUUGAAUAUCACCAGUGGAAGAAGUCGAUCCGAUUCCGAUCCUUGUCAUCAAACUGUAUCAUCACUUGAGUAUAGACCAAAGGGAAUUCCCACUAUCGAUGACUUUACAAUUCUCAAACCUAUAACAAAGGGUGGUUUUGGAAAGGUAUUCUUGGCAAAGAAAAAGAAAACAGGUGAUAUUUAUGCAAUCAAGAGAUUAAAGAAGAUAGAUAUGGUAAAGAAGAAUCAAAUCGAUCAUGUCAAAGUAGAAAGAAACAUUCUUGCCUAUACCAGUAAUCCAUUUGUUGUUAAAAUGUAUUAUUCUUUUCAAUCAAGAGAUUAUUUCUAUUUGGUAAUGGAGUAUGUACAUGGUGGUGAUUGUUUUUCAUUACUACAGAACCUGGGUGCUCUCGAAGAAGAUAUGGCCAAGAUGAUUAUUGCAGAAACAGUUUUGGCGUUGGAAUAUCUACAUGGACUUGGAAUCAUUCAUCGUGAUCUUAAACCAGAUAAUUUGUUGAUCGAUAAGAAUGGACAUAUCAAGCUAACCGACUUUGGUCUAUCAAAGAUUGGUUUGUUGGACAGACAGAGUGUAGUACCACCAAACUUUUUUAGUCCAAAUCUAGGAGCUCAGUUGCAACCACCAAAGCCUAAAAAUAAAAGACUCUUACCGCUUUUGGCCACCAAGAACAUGGAAUCUGCCUUCUCCUCACCAACGAUUGCCAAGGCUAAUCUACUGGGAUCCGAUGCACCCGAAUCACCAUUGUUCAUUCCACAAGCAAGCAACCCAAAGCAACCGAUUCCAAUAUCUACCAACAAUCUCCAACCGCUAAACAACAUGGUGAAACCCAAAGCAAGAAAACUAUCAUGCGUUGGAACACCAGACUAUUUGGCACCAGAAAUCCUACUGGGAAUCGGUCAUGGAAAGGAGGUUGAUUGGUUUUCUGUUGGUGUUAUGCUUUUCGAGUUUCUCACUGGAUUGCCUCCAUUCAGUGCUGACACUGUUGAAAUGACCUUUCAGAAUAUUCUACAAAGAAAUAUCAAGUGGCCAUCGGAUAUUUCACCAGAGGCAAAGGAUAUUAUCGACAAACUACUGGCACUGAAUGCACAAUCUAGAUUGGGAUAUAGUGGUGUUGAGGAGAUAAAAGCACACCCGUUCUUUAAAGGUGUAGAUUGGGAUACAAUCAGAACACAAAAAGCCUAUUUUAUACCUGUACUAGAAGAUCUACAAGAUACAAGCUACUUUGAUGCAAGAAAACAAUUUUAUGAUCUCAGAAUAUCAGAUGAUACUGAAGCCAACACUCCGUAUGUCGUUGGUGAAAGUGAUACAAGUAAACUAUUUGACGACUUUUUGUAUGUAAACUUCCAAAGUUUAUCAGAACUGAAUCAAAAUUGUCUAGCUGAGACCAAACCCUAUGUAAUUAGUAGAAGAAGAAACUCAUUUGUAGAAUUCUUUUUGAAUAGUUUUGAAAUUAAUAUCUAA